UAUAGAAAGAGUUCAAGGGUCAAUGUCAUGGCAUCGCUUUUACUUUCACUUUCACUUUACUACAAUAAUGCGGUAAACCUUAUUUAGAUGUCUCUGUCCAAAAAAGAUUUUGACAGGGCAAAGCAGAAAGCAAACGAGAGGUUGACAGGUUGGAUUUCUAACAUCAAACAACAAGAAGACUUCGGCAUCCCUAAAUUGCAAAGAGAAUUUGUCAAUACUUUUAAGAAAAUUGAAUACAUUCCAAAAGAUAUAGUUAAAAUAGACGGUAGAGAACGGAAGCUGUCAAGACAUACAGACGAAAAGCAAUUGGCACAUGAUUUGGAAAACAGCGGUAUAGUUGGGGUGUCAGCGGUCACUCACGAGGAUCACCAUGAUAGUAACAGCAGUAACUUAAGUUCGAGACUUGAAAACAUAAAGGAUGAAUCUAAAAUAACAGAAAGCAGAACGCCAUUUGAUAAAACCCCGUUACUGUUGACAGAACCCACUGACAGUAAAGACACAUUUGGUACUGACACAGUUAAACCCAGUGAGACGCAGACGACACUAAAUGCAUUUCUUCAAAGUCGAAGCAAAAGACGCACAACUAUUUUACCUGGCAUUUUGCCUGGUUUUCUGCCGUUUGCGAAGAAAAGACGUGCAAGUCGUGCUAAAAAGUCUUCUCUGAAAAGAGAAAAAACCGCCACUAAUCGACUCGGAGCCCUAGCAGAUACAGAAGAAGCACCGGAUGAAAAUGAGGAAAUAGAAGCGCUUGCCAAGAAAUCUUCGAGUUUUCUUGCGACUCAGAGGUAUUUCACAAAAACGUUCAAACCGUCUAAAGGUCCAACAGAUUUGUUGACGAGAAGAUUGACAAGAAAGCAGCGGACACAUGUACCAUCAAAACAUGACAUUGUAACUUUGACAACAGAAGAAAAACGUGCAGAAAUAUUAAGUAAAUUUAGACGCUAUGUUCGUCUGCUGAUACACGUGCGCGUUCUUCUUAAAGUUUCAAGGAUUCGAAUACAAGAAGAGGAAAAAUCUAAAAGUUUUAAGCGUUAUGACGGCGGUUUAGAAUUAUCGUUUGAUGCAACACAGUUCAAGUCUGCAAUAUCUUACAGUGGUCUCACCUCCAGGGCUAAAAAUGCUCUAAAGAAAAAUCCUAGAGAUAGGACAGAGGAAGACGCUAAAAUUCUUAUGGAAGUUUUACUUCGCCUACCAAUGUUCAUGAAGUAUUCCAAGGCUGUUAAACAGGCUCUAGCGUACAUGGUAUGGUACGAUACUUUUAAAGAAGGACGAGUUAUUGUUAAGCAAGAUGAUCCGGGAACCAGAAUGUAUUUCGUCAUUUCCGGUGAGGUUGAUCUUAAACGAACGGAUUUCAUGGAAUCAGGGGAGGAAAUAUCCUACCAUAUAAGAACUGUCCAAGCUGGUGCGACAUUCGGAGAACUUGCACUUAUCCGGAACAUACGGCGGGAGUUCACGGCAAUCUGUCGAGGGACUUCAGAGUUUCUCAGUCUGAGCAAAGACGAGUUUAAUCAUGCUUUAAGAUCAAGAUGGGAAAGAGAUUGUAAUAAGAGAUUUAAUUUCUUGCGAUCAUGUGAGCACUUCUCCUCAUGGACGGAUAAACAGCUUCAGUUUUGUGCUGAUUCGUCACAACUUAAAGAGUAUAUGGAUAACAACGUAAUUAUAGGUGAUAUAGAUGGACAAACUGACAGCGUGUAUUUUAUCAGAAGUGGACGUUGUGAGAUUGUUCGACGUCUUGUUCUUGUCAGACACCAGUCACCUUACCAGAGACCGAAUAUUUUACUUCCGCCGAUCACAGACCGAAGAAAGGAUUUUCUGAACAAACCUUAUUGUAGAAACCGUAGAAUAGACCAACAGGAAGUGAGAUUUCUCUCCGUGACAUCACUACAUCCGGGCAACUAUUUUGGAGCUGGUGAAAGCCUACGAGAUACUUAUAUACUUGCUCGAGGUAAGACGGAGUUGUUAGUAAUUAACUCAGCUCAGUUUAGCAUACAAGGGAAAUCAGAACAGCUGCGACGUUUAAAAAGAGAACGAGAGAUUUCUAUCCCUUCCAAUAAAGCAUUAUACAACAAAUUCCAGCAAAACCGGAAGUGGUUCGAAUACAGAAAUACGUUAUUGAAGGACAUUUUAAGUGCGAAGGUGAAACCUUAUACUGGAUCGCUAAGGGAUGUUCCACGGAGCAUUUUAACUGAUCCUACUAUACCGAAUGAUCUUGUGUUCUAUAAAAAACGGUACUAAUCUAUGUUAUAUCAGUGUUCAAUAAACGUAUUAGAAUUAUGUUCAGCUUUGUCUUUGCUUGCCAAUGCUUUUCUACAAAUGUCCAUAUUUGUGUCGAUUAUUUGUUGAUUCUGAAGUUUUCCCUAAAGCUCUUGUUUAUACCAUUACAAUUCAGCCACUUUUACACGGAUAAAUAUAUAUGUGAUAUAUAUUCAGUCGUUUUCCUUUGUACUUUCAGUUCUGUGUCAAAAUUGCAAUCCGCUUAAUUAAUAUUAACUAUUGAAAUCUGUAAAACAGAUUUUGGAGCAUAAUCUUCUUGCUAUGUCCAGUACAGCAGGAUCAGUCAAUGAGUUUUGAAUUUCAUUUAUUUGUGUAAUUUCCAUUGCUUCAUUGAAGCCAAGUGUUUCCAUUCAAUUUUCAUUAUUUGAUGUCCUGAUAAUCAGCAAAACCAAAUAAUUCACAAUUUUAUAAUAUGAUUUAAACAUAGAUACAGUAUGAUUGGUUUCUAUUCGUAUCAUACAUAAGACUAGGCUCAUAAUAUAUAUGCUCAUAUUUCAAGUAAUAGAAUUUACAUUUAUUCUCUUACGAUUGUGCUAAAGAUAAAUUUCAAAUUCCGAUUAUCCGGCAUUCUUUUAUUGAGGUAAUCAUGUCUGUUAAAUAAACAGAAAGUAAUAAUCAUGCAGAUAUAAAUUAAUCUGAUUUGAGCAUUCGCAUUCAGAAGAAAUAUUUUAAGUGGUAUUGAAUGUUUAUCUCUUGGUUUCAGCUUAAACAGCUUAUUCUCGCCAGGUUAUGUUUUGUUCAGAUAUUUAUAUCAGGGGCUGGUAAAUGUUACUUUGUCUUGACAUUUAGAUUCCUAGAAUGAUUUUCGAUAUCACAUUAACAAAUAAUAAUCAUCAUUUCUUCUGACAAUGGUAUCAGUACACUUAUCUUCUGGUUCUUGUAUCUGAGAGAACAUCUUAACAGUUACGCUAUACAAUUAAUGCUCUAGGGAUAAGUUCAGAUAUUUACAUUGGCAAAAUAUGACAGAAAGGAAACAAAAAGAAAAGAUAAACACAUUUCAAAGCAGCAACGUACGAUUUAUUUUAUCUCUGCAAAAAUUCAAUGACAUUUUAUGUAAACAAACAUAAAUUCUUUGAUUUGCAAGAGACUGAUUUUGAAAACUUCCUUAUUUACCCAUCAAAACCGAAAAUAGUUCUAUAUAUUAAUCUGUUUUUAAAUAAGAAAAAGAAAAUGUGAAAUGAUGAUGAAGUCGCAACAAUACGUCACGUCACGUGACACGACACGUGAUGAACCGGAAGCAGAGAGGAAACCAAACUGAGACAAGGAGACACGUAUCAACGACUUUAACAUCCCAGGUCUGUACAAUAUUAUAUCUCAUGUCUUAACCAUUCAAGCAGUAUCUUAACUAUAAUAAUGUAAAUAAUAACAAAAAUAAAUACAUACAACAUACGAUCCAAGUCUUUCCAUUGUAUCACAAAUCGCAAACAAAUAA